GCGGCCAUUAUCAGUACAACCCUGAACUCUUGCCGAUACUUGAUUCUUUUAACUUCAUCCGCUCAACUCACUCUUUGACAUCAAUCUGUCAGCCUCAAUAUGAUGGAAUGAGUAGCGUAUACUGUUAUUUAUAGAUGAAAACUAGGUGUGGUUGAUGUGAUUAUUAUUAGCUCCUACUAGCUUACGGCCUAUCACAUUCCGCCCUCGUUCCACUUCCAUCCCGCCCACUAGCUACUAUGUCUCCCGACAGAGGGACUAUUGAGGAUCUGCCUCCUCCGUAUCCACCCGACGCCGAAGAAGAAUCCCGAGAUGAUGUUAAGUAUCUUCCGGAGGGCCGCCAUUUCACGCUCCGGGGUGUCGCUGCCGGUCUGCUCGUCGGGCUGAUAAUAUGUUUCAGCAAUAUGUACUUUGGGUUGCAGACCGGUUGGAUUUCCAUGAUGACAAUGCCUUCUAGUUUACUGGGUUUCGGUAUCUUCAAGACUCUAUCGCGUCACUUGUCUUUCCCUUUCUCUCCCGUUGAAAAUGUCCUCGUCCAGUCCGUGGCCGGCGGCAUGGCAAUCAUGCCUCUUGGUUGUGGAUUUGUGGGUGUGAUUCCGGCCAUGGAGUAUCUGUUGAAACCGUCGGAACAAGGGCCGAUACAUCUGAGCAUGUGGAAGCUUAUUAUUUGGUCCUUAGGCCUUUGCUACUUUGGCGUCGUCUUUGCUGUUCCAUUACGACGUCAAGUGAUUAUCAGAGAGCAACUGAAGUUUCCUAGUGGAUUUAGUACCGCUGUCCUAAUCGGCGUCCUGCACGGAAGAGGGCAGAGUCAAAAUGGUGGUGCUCUAGAUACCUCAAAGGCUGCGACGUUCGGGAGCUUAGCACUUGACAGUAGACCGCUUGUUCAAGCUGAAGGUAGUGGUGGUGAAGAUGAGACCGUCGAUCCAACCGACGAACCCCCACGCGUCGAGACAGUGAAACAAUAUAGUUGGCGUUCUAACAUUCGCCUCCUCUUAAUCACUUUUGGGGUAUCCGGAUUCUACACUCUUUUGACUUACUUCUUUCCCAUCCUCCGAAACCUUCCCAUCUUUGGAACCGUGGCAGCCGACACAUGGCUAUGGACUUUGAACCCGAGUUUCGCGUACGUCGGCCAAGGUAUCAUCAUGGGGCCCUCUACAACAAUACAUAUGCUCGUCGGAGCUGUUGUUGGGUGGGGAAUUCUGUCGCCCCUUGCUAAAUAUCGAGGUUGGGCACCGGGUUCGAUCAAUGAUUGGGAAACCGGUAGCAAGGGUUGGAUUGUUUGGACAUCUCUUGCCAUUAUGCUAGCAGAUGCAGUUGUCAGCCUGGGCUACAUUGCCUUCAACCCUGUUAUCAAGCGUGCUCCGUCCUUUAUCGCAACUAUUAAGCAUCGAUACCAGCAAGAUGGGUUUAAGGGUCUUUUUAAUCGCAGACCCGUCGGUUACGUGGCUGUUCAGGCCAACGAGGAUGAUUCGAGGCCCUCGGCUGGAACGCGAAACUCCGAGGACCUUGACAGCUUACCAAGUCCGAUACUUGAACGUAGGAACCCCUUCAACACUCAUCCGGUUACUUCCCAGAGAGCCUGGGACGAAGACGAUGCUCCGGCUGAACAAUUGGUUGGGGACAGGACUGUUAGCAUCGGUCUCGUUAUAUCGGUUCUCUUUUGCAUCGCCAGCAUACACAUUACAUUCGGCAACCUAGUUCCCCUAUACGCAACCGUCAUAGCGGUUUUUAUGGCGAUGAUAUUAAGCAUCAUGGGUGUUCGAGCAUUAGGCGAGACAGACCUCAAUCCAGUUUCCGGAAUUAGCAAACUAGCACAGCUUUUCUUCGCCCUUAUUAUUCCACAGACCCACAAGUCCAGCGUCCUCAUCAACUUGGUGGCCGGCGCUGUGUCUGAAGCUGGCGCAUUACAAGCUGGUGACCUCAUGCAGGAUUUAAAGACAGGCCAUCUACUGGGAGCAGCACCUAAAGCGCAAUUCUGGGGUCAGAUCAUCGGCGCAACUGUGGGGGCCGUCGUUAGCGCACUGAUUUAUAGACUCUACACGGCCGUCUACGAGGUUCCCGGAGACUUGUUCCAAGUACCAACUGGCUUUGUGUGGAUCUUCACCGCGAGAUUGGUAACUGGAAAGGGGCUCCCUUAUAUGGCGAGGGAGUUCGCUAUCGGUGGUGCGGUCAUAUUCGCCUUCUUUACUGCGUUGCGGACGAAGGCAAUUGGAAAGAGCUGGCAUGCUUAUAUUCCUGGCGGAAUCGCCGUAGCAGUUGGAAUGUACAACGUCCCAUCCUUUACCCUGGCGAGGACGAUAGGCGGGCUUCUAAACUGGUACUGGAGGGUAUAUCUACGAAAAGAGGACACGCCCCUCAUCGUUGUCGCAUCAGGCUUUAUUUUGGGAGAAGGUUUCUUGAGUAUCGUCAACUUGCUACUACAGAGCUCUCAAGUUCCCCACAUGUGAGUCGGCCGAUAGCGUUUACCAGGCGCGAUGAUCAAUAGAAUCAUACCAUUGGUAUAGUAAUUAAUAUAUGCCAAUACUCCUUUAUUUCUUAGCCUAUAUAUCACAACAGCCUCCGCUUUCGAACGGCUGUUUGGAGAUGAUGCGUCUACUUAGUAAUCUAUCGUAAGAUAUUCGCAGCACAUGAUAUCAGAAUUGUAUAUAGAGUCGCUUUCUUGCAGGAGACCUGCCUUUAUCGCUUGAAGAUCAC